GUCAAAGGCCGCAUGAAAAAAAGCUGCUCGCGCCGCGGCUCGCUUGGCGGAGAUGAGCGAAGAUGUGAUUGCGUCGCGACAACUCGCACCUUCCGCGUCCACCUGAAAACUUCUCUCUCUGGUGUUGUCGGCACCGGACCCUCGGCGGAUCUCCCGAGCUCCGGCCGUCUCCGCCGUCUCCGUCGCCGUCGCCGCCGACGCCGCCGCCGCCGCCGUCGCGACGAUGUCGGAGAAGAAGGCUGCCGAGAAGGUCUCCGAGAUUGACGAGCACAUCAGCAAACAGUACGACAUCGUGCGACGCCUCGGCAAAGGGGCUUACGGUAUAGUAUGGAAGGCGAUCGAAAAGAAAAGACAAGACACGGUCGCGGUGAAAAAGAUCUUCGAUGCUUUCCGGAAUAAGACGGACGCACAACGUACGUUCCGUGAGAUAAUGUUCCUGUUGUCGUUCGCCAAUCACGAGAACAUCAUCAGGUUGAUUGGGCUGCACAAGGCGAACAACGACCGGGACAUUUAUCUGGUUUUCGAGUACAUGGAAACUGACCUGCACAACGUCAUCAAGCGCGGCAAUAUCCUCAAAGAUAUCCACAAGAUCUUUAUCAUGUACCAACUUUUUAAGGCGAUCAAGUACAUACACUCGGGCAACGUUAUCCACAGGGAUCUGAAGCCAUCCAACGUGCUUCUGAAUGCACAAUGCCAUUGCAAAAUUGCGGACUUCGGACUGGCACGUUCGGUAACGCAGAUCGGCGAGGGUGACGGUGAGGCUGGAAGCGAUCCAACUUUGACGGGCUAUGUCGCCACUCGGUGGUAUCGUGCGCCAGAAAUUCUCAUAGCUUCAAAGAGGUACACAAAGGGAAUAGAUAUGUGGUCCUUAGGCUGUAUUCUCGGCGAAAUGCUGCUCGGGAAACCACUCUUCCCCGGCUCAUCGACGAUAAACCAAGUAGAGAGAAUAAUGGUGACUCUACCUCCGCCGACAGAUGAAGAUCUAAUAUCGGUUAGCGCCGGUUACGGAACCAAUUUGUUGGAGAAGAUGCCCAACGGACCGAGACGAGCUCUGAAGGAUUUGUUGCCGGAAGUGUCGGAGAAAGCUUUGGACCUUAUCAGCAAUUUAAUAGUCUUCAACCCCACCCAACGGUUUACCGCCGUCGAGGCACUGGAGCACCCCUACGUCGCCGACUUUCACAGAAGGGGAAACGAACCGGAGAGGGGCUCCAGCGUUGUGCCAUUGCUGAGUGAUGAUGUGCAGCUCUCGGUCGACGAGUACAGAAAUAAGCUUUACGCGAUGAUGGACGAUAAGCAUCGCAAGCACAAAAACAUGUCAAGAUCCAGACUGCGACGAUUGUCCGAGAGCAUCAGAAAGGAAACCACUGGUGGUAAGGGUAAUCUGGUGAUUGGCCAAGGUGACGCAACCACCGCGUACUCCUCAUUGCCAAAUAAGAAGACAAUCAGACCGCCUCAAGGCGACGAUAUUGUGCGAGUUACGAAAGCACGAAUAAUUAAUGCCUCCGCGGAGACGCCGGUGGAGGAAACCUUAACGAAUUCCCGGCAGAACGUUAAAAACGUAGCGACACAAUACACCUACAAUUUAACGAACGGCAGUCUGGGAAGCUUACCUGCAACAACGGCGAAAAGUUGUUACUACCUUAAUCAUCACCAGCAGCAGCAGCAGCAGCAACAACAGCAACAACAACAACAGCAGCUUCAGUUGUCCAAGUCCCAACGAUCCAUACAAUCAGAUGAGAUAGCAAUGUACGGCGCCGGAGGCAGAUCGAAUCAAUUAGCGACAUCGGUACCUCGCGUGAAGUUUCGAAGGGCUUGCCAACAGCAGCAACAGCAACAUUAUCAUCAUCAUCAACAGCAAGUCCUCGUUCAACAGUCGCGACCUUUCGUUUCGACAUCCGUGAAUUGCCGCGGCGACGAGCGGCCCAGAACGAUGCCGGCGAAGCCAACUAGAAUCAGCAACAAUCCCAAGAGUCUCAAACAGAGAUCAGCAAUGGUCACGUCGACCUCAACAUUGCCUAGCAACGUUACACGACACUUCGUCAAAACCAUGAAUGGCGGCUACCUCAGCAAUCCGGAGUCGCCGUCCAUCAGCCACCAUCAGCAGGCCAUCCGCGACUAUCUGAACCAGACGAUGCCGUUGCCGGCGCAGCAACACUCACGAACACGAAAUAGAGUUGCCUCCCAAGUCGCUGGUAGUAGAGGCAACCUCGUCGACAGGUCGUGCAUCUUCGCAGACGUCGAUAUAACCAGUAAUCAUCGUGCUCAAGUACGCGGUCAAGGCGGCAGCAAGUUACAGCAGAGACACAGCGUCGACGCUGGCUGCGUCGUCCAGCGAAAAUCGCCCACGUGCGACAGAUCGAGAUUCCUGGAUAGUCGUAGUCAGAAGCACGGCGUAAUAGCCGCGUCGGUCUACAAGGAUCUUUGCAAUGGGACUAUUGGGUGGUGAGCGCGCGGUGGGGGCGUUUCUCGGGACAAAGAGCGACAAUUAGAGCGGAAUAAAUGCUGAACAGUGGUCGCUUUGUUUUUCAACGAGACGAGAGCGUGGAGAAUCUGAACACGUGUAUACGAUUUUGUUUUCUUUUUUCUGGUCAAUGAGGAUCUCUUCACGUGUACAAUGGAAUGUCCGGAGGAUUUCUUUCCCUUUUGCACACUGCGGGAUAAAUCGGCGGCUUGAGCUCUCUCGACACGCAAAAUCACUAGAAAAUGUCCAUACUUAUUCCGACGAGAAAUCCCUCGGUGUAAUUGGAACGUGUGUAUUCGGUGAAGGAUUUAUUAUUUAUUUAUUUUUAUAUAUUUAUCUGUACGAUUUCUACACUCCGCAACGUGAGAAGUAGUUUUUAUAGCGGAAGUUUUGAUGAGAGUAGAAUAGUAGACGUGCGGCUGUGUUCAACAUGAAAAUAGAAUCGAGGAAAUCAACAUCCGAUAAAAAGCACACGUUCAUCCGUGGAUGAUCUCUCUUCUCGGAGUUCGUUUGCUCAUCCCGGAAGCAAGCCGCCUCGCGCACGCCAACAGCAUAUAGUUCCUAAGUAAAUAAGCAAAUUUUGCAGAAUGCAAAUGCAUAAUUAACUCUACUGAUCGUGUCGCGCGCUCAACGCUUCCCACGGGGUAAUCGAUGAUUUUCGCGGCUCCGGCCUAAGAAGUUCGAUAGCAAAUACGAUCUCUCUCUCUCUCUCUCUCUCUCUCUCUCUCUCCCUCUCCCUCCCUCUCUCUCUCUCUCCCUAUCUCUGUCUUUGUUUCUAAGGCUACGACUACCUCAUUUUUUAUACGACAUAAAAUACCGGGACACAAAAUGUGAGCGAUAAGCGUUUCGGACAUAUAUACAAAUACUCUCCUUCUCUCUCUGUCUCCUGGCCUAUCUAUCUACCUGUCUAUCUAUUUAUCUCGCUCUCGCACUCUUGAUAACAAAAAUACGACAAUAAGAUGGAUAACCGAGUCUCUCUUGUCCCGCAAACGGGAGACAUCAAUUUCCGAUAAGCAAACGGAAAAUAUAAGACGCAAGACGGAAAUCGCGCGGGACUUCUCCGCAGAGAUCAGCCCGUGGAAAUCCGAGAAAUACGUAGAAGCUUAGGACGUAAAGGUAAACUUAGGAGUGCAUAGAUGAUAUACUUAGAGUCGAUACACGGCGGGGCCACAGCGGAGCGCGUGACACACAUUUUUCUACGACAUUUUAUUUAUAUGUCCGACGCGGGACGCGUUGGCGAACGUGACAUGCACGUAUAUUAUACACACCGGCCAUCGUGUCAGACCGUCGCCUCAAUGUACAAAUUUAAUUGUAUCAUAUAUUUUCGUCGCGAUACACUAUUUGUGCAAUGACGCUUAAACAGCGUUCGACUCUGGUGUACUAUAGGUGGCGUGUGCGAAUAAAGUUUUUAACAAU